UACUACACAGACAUACAUACAGACAUACAUACAGAGCAUCUUUUCUUUCAUGAUCUUUUCUGACUUUUCUACCUGACACACGUAGUUCUGCUGUUCUUACAUGCAUGAAAAUUUAACCUUUUAGGCUGUAAAAUCCAAAGUUUGGUCUUCUAUGGUUCAUUGCUUUUUCUUUGUAGAUUCUUAUUUUUCUUUCUCUUUCCAUUCUGUUGCCUCCUUUUCUUUCCCCUUUACCCUCCCUCUACUUCUGUCCGCUUUCCUUCAUCCACCCUGCUGCAGCCAUAAGAAGUCGGGCUCCUCGUCAGACGAUUCAGACUGUGACAGCAGUCCUUGGCUCUCUUCUGCCCCCUCUCCCUCUGGCCCCUCUCCCUCUCACUCCCACACACACGAGGCCUCGGCUCACACCACCCUUGUUGUGGGGAAAAGUCCACACAUCCAACCACACACUCCCCCACAGGUCCCCAAGAUACAGCCCCCCCUGUUAGAGACUCCACCUCUGGUGUUCGCCCCAGUGGACCCCACCUCAGGUCCCAAGCUGGUCAAAUGUGAGAGGUGGCCUCUCCUGGGGCGCCAUGACCCCCGUGAACCCCCAGACCCAUUUGAUUAUGAGAGCAUUUUCCCUGACUUGGCGAAUGAUGACAUGUUUGCCAGACGGACCCUGGCCUUCCAGUCCAACACAGACCUGGCUAUGAUGAAGACUCAGCUGUCCACCAACCGCCACCGUCGCUACACAUCUGAGCCGCAACUCAAUAUUAUCACCCAGCGACAUGGUCAUGACAGCACUGAGGACAACGAUUUCCCAGACAUCGAGCAUGACGAUGUGGUGUAUCGUAAGGAGAAAACCCAUCAGACUCAGCAACAACGGCCACUCUCAGGAGCCCCUGACAACUAUGCCCCCAUGCCCAUCCCAGAGCCAUGGGCUCUGCCUCCAGAUCUCAGAGCCAGACUCCUCUGCCCCCCAUGUCCUCUGACCCAGAAAGCAGCAACAAAUAAAGAGAAUCAGGUUGAGAAGGAGACGCGUCCUAAAACAGAUGACAUGCUGAUUCGGAAGUUUGGAGUUUGUUCUAAUCAGAGACAGAGCUCAUUCAGAGGACCAUCGGCCAAUCAGAUGACUCCCCCAGUGCCUUCUCCCUGUAGCGAAGGUGACCUGCAGAAGUGGCAGGCCAUCAGGGAGGCCAGUCAGCUAAGAUAUAAGAAGAAGCUUAUGGUGGAGAGGCUAGCUGCUCUCAAGUUGUAGAAAUAGAUUGAUGUAACAUUGCCUGUUGGCUUCUCUUUACUUUGUAGGCUUAUGCUUCCAUAUUUGUGUUCUAUUUUUUAUUUUUUUCCUUUUUCCAUCUUGGAAUAUUCUCUGUCUCAUGCUGAAUUGGUCUUGACAGCAUGUUAACCCAGCUUUUUAAGGAUUGGUGUAAAGGCCCUCACAGUUAGAGAUGGGCGUUUUACCCGCCUAAGCUCUUGUUUCUGAAAACUAAUCAGUGAUUUUUGCGUUCACUGGAUUAAUUGUGAUUAGUUGUGAGUAUUUCAACAGAAACCACAGUGAAGCAAAUGUGGUGAAAUUCACUACAGUUUUAAAUGUUUGUUGUUUUUUCCAGUCAGAAACAAACUGUAAUGAAAGGAGAUUCAUUAUGGUUUUCUGUACAGUGGUUAUGUGGUAAAUUUCACCUUACAAACACAUGGAAUGUAAAGGCAGAGUGGAUGUCCGGAUUGCACAUUAGUCCUCCCACUGUUGUGUAUUUUGAAGUGUGAUUUAUGAGCAAAACAGCAUCAAUUCUCAGCAUAAAGUUUUUUUUGGUUCACGAUGGUUAUUGUUAAACAGACUCAAAUUCUGCAUUUUAUUUAUUUAUUUUUUCUUUCCUAUCAGACCGAGUUUGCCUGUGAAUGGAAAAAAAAAUAUUCAUGCUUAAUAAAGAAAAGAAGAGACUUCACGAUCUUGUGAUGAAUUGCAUUGGAUUGGCGAUUUGUUGACCUCACCGAACAUCUACAUUAAAAUGGAUCUGGCCAGAGUACAGUGUUGUUUUCGUCAGUACCGUGAACUUCACACUGACGUGCAAAGCCCAAAGUGCAGCAGCGUGAGAGUGUGAAAAGCCUCAGUAAUAUCCAAACGUAAUGUCCCGAACACUCCGACUGCACCAAGCAGCGCAAUUAAAUGUAGGCUUGUCUGUUGAGCCAACAUGAAAGCCUAUAGGCAUUCCCUGCAGCUUUGAGUGGAGGUGCGACUUGUGGACUCCAUAGUAACUUGAACACAAAUCUGUGCUGCAGUGUUUGCACACGAACAGACGCACACAGGCAUUCACAAAGCA